AUGUCAUCAAGAAUAAUCGUUGGUAGUGCAGCAUUAGCUGCUGCCAUCACAGCAAGCAUCAUGGUCAGGGAACAGAAGGUCAAGGGCCAGGGAAGAGAAGGCAAGGUUUCCGUUUGCUAUAACGACCUGGAGUAUGGUAGUUCAGCGCCACCACAGUGGGGGAAGUUGCACAAUAUAAAGCAAGGUAUAAAGGAAGAUGCGUUGUCGUUGAAGGACGCACUGCUGGGCGUAUCACAGAAGGCCAGGGAAGAAACCCCAGAGGCAGUCAAGCGUGUUAUUUCACCUGAGGAAGAUUACCAGACGCGCAAGCAGCUAGGGCAAAAGGCCAAGGACUCUUCCUCUCAAAGCAUUUUCAAUUGGGGGUUUAGCGAGGCUGAGAGAAGGAAAGCUAUAGCCAUUGGGGAGUUUGACACUGCCAAGAAGCGCUUCGAAGAGGCGGUAGAUCGCAACGAGAAGGAGCUCUUGUCCACCAUAAUGAGAGAAAAGAAAGCUGCACUGGACAGGGCAUCUCUUGAGUACGAAAGGUACGGAAGAGCCCGGGAUUUCAAUGAGCUCUCGGACAAGUUAGACCAGCAGGAGAGGGACAGUAAUCCAUUGAAACGUCUGUUGAAAAAGAACACGGGCGAUGCUAACACUGAAGAGGCAGCUGCAAGAAGUGUCCAAGGCUGGGGUGAUACUGCCCAGGAGUUUGGUAGAGAAGAAUUGGAGGAAGCCAAGAGAAAUGCCUCUUCAGAGCCUAGCGAAGCUCAAAGACGUCUUGACGAAUUGAAGAAGAUCAAGGAGAAGGGUUGGUUCGGUUACAACAAGGGGGAACAGAGCGAGAAACAGAUUGCUGAGAGAGUAGCCAGAGGAUUAGAAGGAUGGGGUGAAACCGCUGCCCAACUGUCCAAGGAUGAAAUGGACGACUUAAGAUGGAAUUACGAGAAUUCAAAGAAACAACUGGACAAAAACGUAUCGGACGCCAUGGACUCUUUGUCCAAGGCCAAGGAGAAUUUGAAACAGUACGGUAGCCAUUGGUGGUUUGGAUGGACAUCCAAGGUUGAUAAUGAUAAGCAGGCUUUAAAAGAUGAGGCCCAGAAGAAGUACGAUGAAGCUUUAAAGAAGUACGAUGACGCCAAGAACAAAUUCAAAGAGUGGAAUGACAAGGGUGAUGGUAAAUUCUGGAGCUCUAAAAAGGACUAG